AUGGGACUCCGGUUUGAUAAAAGUAUAGAGCAGGAAAUAGAGGAUUUUUUCGCAAGUAAAAAUCUGGAUACAGUAGCGCAGAGCCCAUACAUAGGGCUUAUUCGCGCUGUAGAGCUUUUAGAGAAAGAGGGAGAUGGACCUGCCCCAGCCAAUGGGAAUGACGCAGGGAGCCCAGGCCCAGCGGGGAGUGAAAGGCUCUCCUCGUCGGGCUCAUCGGUAAACCAACCUGAGCCGUUGACACAGGAUUUAUUGGCUGAUGCUGUGACCUAUGAGAGCCCAAAUUAUUUAUCAGAUGCGGAAAGCACAAAUUCUUUAGGACCAGUAACUGAUUUGGCGAGCCCCUUGGAUCCAUUCUCCAUUCACCCAAUAAUGGAUCUUCUUAUGGGCAACUAUUAUUUAGCAUUCACAAAUGAAUCAUUGUCUAUGACGGUAACUGUAGUUUUUUUACUACUUCGAGUUUAUUUUCUAUAUAUAUGGGUCCGUGCAGCAUUUCCACGAUAUCGUUAUGAUCAAUUAAUGGGACUUAGCGAUGAUCCAAAGCUAAAAGAUUAA